AGAUUCAUCCGUAACUAUCCAUGAAUGCAUUCCCACUAGAUCUCUCACUCGCUAUCUUCGAAUAUAGAGACGCUAAGUCCACCAAACUCCGAAGCUCCAAAGCUAGAUACAGUCAUACAGAGUUCAGAUACAUAGCUUACACUGAGAGAGAAACAAGCAGCAAUGUCAAGGAGAUCAGGGGCUUGUUUGAGAUGUUGUUUGGUCAUAUUUGCAGUUGUUUCAGCUUUGGCUGUCUGUGGCCCUGCUCUUUAUUGGAGAUUUAAGAAAACAAUUGGACAAUCUGGUUCCAAAAUUUCUUGUCCUCCUUGCAUCUGUGAUUGUCCUCCUCCUUUGUCCCUUCUCAAGAUUGCUCCUGGGUUGGCCAAUCUCUCAGUCACAGAUUGUGGAAGUGAUGAUCCUGAUCUGAAGACAGAGAUGGAGAAGCAGUUUGUUGACCUCCUAACAGAGGAAUUGAAAUUACAAGAGGCUGUUGCAGAAGAACACGCACACCACAUGAACAUAACUUUUGCGGAAGCGAAAAGGGUAGCUUCCCAGUACCAAAGAGAAGCAGAAAAAUGUAAUACUGCCACAGAAACAUGUGAAGCAGCUAGGGAGCAGGCUGAGGCAUUGCUGAUAAGGGAGAGGAAAGUUACUUCCUUGUGGGAGCAACGGGCUCGCCGACUUGGUUGGGAAGGAGAAUGAUUAAUGGGUUUGUAAAACUGAGUUGAAAUAGGAGGUAUUUAUAUAGGAGGCAAGCAGAUUGCUUGUGUUAGCUAAGAAAAUGAUUAGUAAAUUGUUUGUGUUCUGAAGGAAAGCAAAUUAUACAUGUACUCAUAAUAUUUUAGCUGUAAUUGACAUCUUUUAGAUCUUUAAGCUGAAGCAGCAUUGCUUGAAUUA